GACAUUUAGAUAAAAACUUUCCUUUUCAAAAGAAACAACCAAAGCAAAAGGCGAAAACUUCUUCAUGUGAAUUCAUUAUUACACGUUUUUUAUUCGUAAAUCAAGCCGCUUUAUCAGCUUUUUUUAAUUCCAACCAGACGAUCAUCGACGAAGCGCCUUCAAAAGCUGUGGGAAAAAAAAUAACAAAUCCCUCUAAAAGCAAAUCCAAUAACGUUGAGAAUGAAAUUGUUAACAUACAUGCCAGCGAUGUCGCAAAUAACGAAUCGGAAAAUACUUCAUUAAUUUAUUUGGAAGAGUAA